GAAGCUGUCGGCUGUUUUUGUUUUUGUGCCCGACAGAUCCCCGGAGAGACGGUCAUUCCCCGCUGCCUCGCAGAAGUUAAAAAACGGAAUCUUGACUGAACUGACUAACAGAUAGCUGACAUGGGUGCCCGUCCGAGCACCGAGGCCGAGAGGGAGCCGCUUCUCACCCCUUCUCACGCGGAGACAAACAGUCAGCCAGUGAACAGCAGAGUGUACGGAAGAAGAUGGCUGGUUCUGACCCUGUUCUCUCUACUGGGACUGUUACAAGGGAUGGCGUGGAACUUCUGGGGUCCCAUCCAGAACUCGGCCGUUCACGCGUUGGGCUUCACCAAGUCCGACAUCGCACUCUUGGUGCUGUGGGGCCCCGUGGGGUACGCCCCAUGGCUGUUGUUUAUGUGGCUGAUGGAUAAGAAAGGUUUGCGGGCAUCCGUCCUCCUCUCAGCGCUCUUCAUUCUGCUCGGGGCCGUUCUGAGGAGCAUCCCACUGACGGACGAGCGUCUGAGACGAUGGUUGAUACACGGCAGUCAGUUACUAAACGGCUUAGCUGGCCCCACCAUAAUGAGCGCUGGCCCCCUCCUCUCCACCACAUGGUUCGGUCCCGACCAGAGAGCCACCGCAACAGCCGUGGCCUCACUGUUCUGCUUUCUGGGGGGCGCUGCUUCGUUUGUUGUAGGACCUCUGGCAGUGCCAGCCCCCAAUGACACCCAAGCAGGAACCCAGAUGGCGGCAGCAGUUUCCGACAGCCACAUCCGAGACAGGAUCCAGCUGGUUUUGUAUGCAGAGUUGGCUGCUAUUGCUGUGCUUUUUGUGGCAGUCCUGGUCUAUUUCCCGUCACGUCCACCGAUACCUCCCAGUGUGGCUGCCGCAAGCCAGAGACUCAGCUACAGGACCAGCAUCUGCAGACUUCUUAGUAACAUGCGGUUCCUGAUGAUAGCUCUGGCCUAUGCUGUCCCCAUAGGAGUGGUUUCUGGCUGGUCAGGGGUCCUCGACAUGGUCCUAACACCAGCCAAAGUCAGCCAGGUGGACGCAGGUUGGAUUGGUUUCUGGUCGACUGUCGGUGGAUGUGUGUUUGGAGUAGCAAUGGCCAGGUUUGCGGACUCUAUCCGGGGGAUGCUGAAGCUGAUCCUGGUGCUGAUGCUGGCAGGAGCCUCGCUGUCCUCAACCUGGUUCACACUGACGUGUCUGAGCGGUGUCACUCACCUCCCCUCCACUGCAGCCAUCCUGUACACUUCCUGCAUCCUGGUGGGCAUUUUCAUUAACAGCAGCGUGCCAAUAUUCUUCGAGCUCUUCAUCGAGACGGUGUACCCGGUCCCUGAAGGCAUCACGUGUGGAGUUGUCACUUUCCUGGGGAGCCUGGUCACCGGUCUGCUUCUCUUCUUCCUCACCUUUUACUGUACAGAGGUGUCCUGGCUGAACUGGUGUCUCACCGGCUCCUGUCUAUUCAGCCUCGUCCUCAUCCUCUUCUUCAGGGAGUCCUACGACCGCCUCUACCUGGACGUCUUCGUCUCCGUGUGACACCGCCGAGGACAAAAACACGACAACUUGAUGAUAACGGACUGAAGAGUUAUUCUUGCACAACCACGAGGAGAAAAGGGCAGUGAAGGGAAAGUGGGAGAAGCCCACAGUCUUUUAAGAUGUAAGAUUUUAGGAUGUAACUGUAUAUACUGGUGACAGUGGUGAUGGACUGCUGUUGUGUGGCUGCUGAGAAGAACCAAGAAGCGACCCUACACCGAUGUUUACUCUGAAAAACGACUGACUCGGUGCCAUAUGACUGUCUAACACAUCAUUACCUGUUUUUAUGUUUGUAUGGAAACAAACUUUUAUGAACGGUUUAAUUCUGGUCACCAGGCACAGCAUGUCGGACUGUUAGAAGUUGUUGUUUACAGAUUAUCUAAUAUUUAACAUUGUUCUCAGUGUCGCCCCCGUGUGGCUGCUCAUUUCACCUUCCUCAGGCGUCUCUCAAGCAACUUGAUGCUGACUCAAACGCUUACUAACUGGAUGUCGCGCCGGCUCCGGAUCAGCCUCAAGGUGUCGGCUGCCUAACGAGGAAUUACCUGAAAGAGUUACAACCAGACAGCUUCAUCAGCCAAUCAGCAGGCCUGGCUGUGCUGAGUCGAGGCUAAGCGAGUGACCUCCUGUCGUUUUAGUGCUGCUUCAAACUGCUGCCUGUGACUCACUGGGGAGGCUUAACUGGCCCAACACUGUUAAGUGACCUGUGAUACUGCCUGUCAUUCAGAUAUAUUAUGUUUUAUUGCCCUCUCAAGACGUAUAUUAUGCAAAAAUUAUCUAGCAGAUUCAUGAUUGGAUGCAGGCCAGAGACGUGGGCCAGGAUUGGAUAAACCUGUGUUUCUUCUUCCUGCCAAUGAACUGUUCGUCUGAGCCCUCUGAACUGUGACACCGUCACAUUUCAGAAGCUGCUCAGCCUAUUUAUGCUUAAUUGUGUCAAUUUCUGGGAGAUUUGCUUUUUAAUAUUACUCACUAAUGUUAAUUUGUUUUUUACAGUUUUUUAAUAUUUGUUUUCCUCAGCAGCCUUGCCAGUAUUUAUUGGAAAAUGUCUCAACACUAACACAGCUAACACCUAGUUUCACUGAAACAGGAUGUUUUGUGAUGAUUUCAACCACAGCUGAGGCACACCGAGGGAGAUUAUUUUAUUACACAGGCAUGAGGAUUACGUCGCGGCGUAAUUGCCGAGCUGCUCCUACUCCAAAGCACCAGCAGGUGUCUCUGCGCCAACUGAGAGUCUACUGACACAAAACCUGAAGGGAAAAAGAAAAGGAAGGUGCCAUUUUCUCGGAUUCCUUGUCUGAUAAAACUGGAGCUGUGACAGAAGCCAGCUCCAGAUCUGGAGGGACGUAACCACAAAGAAACACACCCAGGCAAAUGAAAAACAUCUGUCACUUGAAGACAUUUUUUUCCUCUAACUUGUCCGUGACUUCUCUUUGUGUCUUUGUCUUGCACAGCAGCUAUAAGAAGUGUUCUAACGUGUUUCCCUCUGGGGUUCGACGAGGCUCUGUAAUGUCUUUCCUGGUGCUUGUUUUUUAUUUUUUACUCUCCUUGUACAGUCUUUUACCUUUUGACGUGUUGCCUUAAUUGCCCGUUGCGGUGCGUUGAGCCCCCCCUCUCUUCCACACUGUGACUGUUCUGUCUGUAUAUAAUGUUGAAGGUCAUGCUCCUCUGUGGUUUCCUGGGCUUUGGGUUGUAACUGUCCUUGUUCUGGGGAAAGGGAAAAGAACAAAUGUGACUGUUGAAUAUUUCCAGCACCUUAUUAAAAUAAACAUUUUAAG